UCUCUAACAACUCACAUGACAUCUUCUUUCUGUCUUUGCAGCUUAUUCCAUGUGGUGGUUGAUAAUGAUGAAACAUCAACUAAAAUUAUUAGACACCUCAAUGCACAAAAAGGUGGACGAGUUACAUUUAUUCCAUUGAACAGGGUUAAGGCUCCACAUGUUAAUUAUCCAAAUAGCUCUGAUGUGAUUCCGCUUGUGAAGAAAUUGACGUUUUCUGAUGUAUAUGAAAAAGCAUUUAAGCAGGUGUUUGCAAGAACCGUAAUUUGUAAAGAUCUGGAUGUUGCUACCAGGGUUGCUCGUACUGAUGGGCUUGACUGCAUUACUCUUGAAGGUGACCAAGUUAGUAAAAAGGGGGGCAUGACCGGUGGAUUUUAUGACUAUAGACGCUCAAAAUUGAGGUUUAUGAGCACCAUCAAACAGAAUAUAGUGUCCAUCAACCUGAAGGAGCGUGAACUUGAGGAAGUUAGAUAUAAACUUCAAGAGAUAGACCAGAAAAUUAAUGAACUUGUGGCUGAGCAGCAGAAAAAUGAUGCUGCCCUGGCUCAUGACAAGUCUGAGUUAGAACAACUUAAACAAGAUAUUGGUAAUGCUGAAAGACAGAGACAAUCCAUCUUAAAAGCUCUUCAAAAGAAGGAGAAACUGCUUGAUAAUAUUUUGAGUCAAAUAGAUCAGCUAAGAGCUAGUAUAGCUGUGAAACAAGAUGAAAUGGGAACAGAACUUGUUGAUCAUUUAACACCGGAAGAGCGAGAUUCUUUGUCACGCUUGAACCCUGAAAUUACGACUCUGAAGGAGAAGCUGAUUGCGUGCAGGGCAAAUCGGAUAGAGACUGAAACCAGAAAAGAGGAGCUUGAGAUGAAUCUGUCAACAAAUCUUGAAAUACGAAAACAAGAGUUAGUGGCGAUGAAUUCUUCUGUCGACGUUGAUAUGUUACAGGGUGAAGUUGAGAGCAAGAAUCAGGAACUUAAGGAUGCAGAGUCACUAGUUGACCAUGUGACUGAAGAGCUUACAAGGGUUUCUGGAAGUAUAGAUGAACGAAACAAGAGGCUCAAGAAGAUUAAACAGGACAAGGAUAAGCUGAAGACUCUUGAAGAUGAGUAUCAGAAUACACUUCAGGAUGAAGCAAGAGAAUUGGAGCAGCUACUAAGUAAACGGAACACUUGUCUCGCCAAGCAAGAAGAGUACUCGAAGAAAAUCCGGGAACUGGGUCCUUUAUCUUCUGAUGCCUUUGAGACGUACAAAAGAAGGAAUGUAAAAGAAUUAUACAAGAUACUGCACAAGUGUAACGAGCAGCUGAAACAAUUCAGCCAUGUAAACAAAAAAGCACUUGAUCAAUAUGUAAAUUUCACCGAGCAAAGAGAAGAACUCCAAAGAAGGCAAGCUGAAUUAGAUGCUGGUGAUGAGAAAAUCAAGGAACUUAUAUCAGUUUUGGAUAUGAGGAAGGAUGAAUCAAUUGAGCGCACGUUCAAGGGUGUGGCUAAACAUUUCCGUGAAGUAUUCUCUCAACUCGUGCAAGGAGGUCAUGGGUUCUUAGUUAUGAUGAAGAAAAAGGAUGGCGAGGACGAUGACAAUGAUCCUGAUGAUGAUGAGCCUCGUGCUGAUAUGGAGGGAAGGGUUGAGAAAUAUAUUGGUGUGAAAGUGAAGGUGUCCUUCACUGGACAAGGAGAAACACAGUCAAUGAAACAGUUAUCAGGUGGUCAGAAAACUGUGGUAGCGCUGGCACUUAUAUUUGCCAUACAAAGAUGUGAUCCUGCCCCAUUUUAUCUUUUUGAUGAGAUAGAUGCAGCACUAGAUCCUCAAUACAGAACAGCCGUGGGGAAUAUGGUUCGUGAUUUGGCAGACAGGGGCAGCACACAAUUUAUUACGACGACAUUCCGGCCGGAGCUUGUGAAAGUGGCUGAUAAGAUAUAUGGUGUGAUACACAAAAAUAGAGUUAGCCGUGUCAACGUUAUCUCCAGGGACGAUGCCUUAGAUUUUAUUGAGCAUGAUCAAUCUCAUAACUGAUUGAGGUGGUACAGGAGGAAUGGAUGGCAGGUGAAGCUUCUUCAUAACUUGGACAGAUAUUCUGCCAUUCCUCUACUUGUCUAGCUGAUGCUUCAUUGUAGGAUAUGCUGAAUAUUGUUAGUUUUGUGGAAUACUGAUGCUAACUUAAAGAGAGCAUAGUGCUAAUGGGUAUUGAUCUCCUAUUUCUGUAAAUGUUACACUUUGUUGAUGUAGUGUUCUCUUAUAAAAACGCAGUUAUGUAUGUAAUGUAUGAACAGAGACGCUUUGUUUAUCAUCUACUCCAUUAUGUUCAA